UUUCUGUGAAGAAACAAACUUCUUAUUUUCUCCUCCUUUAUGUUUCUCUAGAAAAUUUUUGGCAAAAUGCAGACAGAGACAUAGGAUCCAUCAGUGUUCUACCCAAAGACGUAAGUCUCUCAUUUCCUCCACAGGUUCCAUCAGUGUUCUACACCAAGACGUAAAUUUUAGGAAUUUGGGUGUGUGAGAAAUCGAAAGAGAACUAUGUGCCCAGCUCCGAGCGAGCCGACAUCACCUGAAUCGUCGUAUGAUUCAUCGGUUCCUCGUUCUUCUCCUCAAGGUUGUGGUGUAGAAUCUCGAUUCUCGGGUCUAAGGGGUGUUCAAUGGCGUAUAUAUCUAGGGAUUUUGCCUUCCUCGGAUUCUUCAAUUGAAGAACUUCGUCGGGUCACAGCAGAUUCUCGAAGGAGAUAUGCUGGUCUGAGAAGAAGCCUUCUAGUGAAUCCUCCUAAAGAUGGAAAUACUGUCCCAGAUCUUGUCAUGGAGAAUCCAUUAUCGCAAAAUCCAGAUAGCAUGUGGGGCCGCUUUUUUCGGAAUGCUGAGCUGGAGAAAAUUGUUGACCAGGAUUUGUCACGUUUGUAUCCAGAACAUGGAAGCUACUUCCAGACACCAGCAUGCCAGGGCAUGUUGAGAAGGAUUCUUUUGUUAUGGUCCCUUAAACAUCCAGAAUAUGGUUACAGACAAGGGAUGCAUGAACUUUUAGCUCCCCUCUUGUAUGUUCUCCAUGUUGAUGUUCAACAUCUUUCUCAAGUGCGGAAGCUCUAUGAGGACCAUUUUGUUGACAAGUUUGAUGGCCUGCCCUUCCUUGAGAGAGAUCUUGUUAGUAGUUACAAAUUAACGAAGACACCAGAUUCCUCCAAUUGGGACAUGGGGAUUGAUGAAGAGUCCAGUUUACAUAGAGAUGCAACCAAAGUCAGCAGCCUGGAUGAGCUUGAUCCUAAAAUACAAACCAUUGUAUUACUAAGUGAUGCUUAUGGGGCAGAAGGUGAAUUGGGUAUUCUCCUGUCAGAGAGAUUUAUGGAACAUGAUGCGUAUUGCAUGUUUGAUGUGUUAAUGAGUGGGGCAAGUGGUGCAGUUGCCAUGGCAGACUUUUUCUCUCCCUCACCCACCAUCAGGUCUCACUCAGGCGUACCCCCAGUAAUUGAAGCUUCUUCCGCUUUGUAUCAUUUGCUUUCUGUUGUUGACAUGUCUCUCCAUAGCCACCUAGUUGAGCUUGGGGUUGAACCACAGUACUUUGCUUUACGGUGGUUUCGUGUGUUGUUUGGACGCGAGUUCUUAUUGGAAGACCUUCUGAUAAUAUGGGAUGAUAUAUUUGCAUCAGACAACAGUAAAUCAAUCACAGAUGUUGCAGAUGAUAUUGGCUCUAGUUUUGGGGUCCUCAGCUCCCCUCGUGGGGCAUUCAUCUCGGCAAUGGCAGUCUCGAUGAUUCUUUAUUUGAGAUCCUCCCUACUUGCCACUGAAAAUGCUACAACCUGUCUCCAGAGGUUGCUGAACUUUCCAAAGAACAUAAAUGUGAAGAGGUUGAUGGACAAGGCAAAGUCUUUGCAGGCUCUUGCUCUGGAUACUAUUAACUCCUCAACUCCUUCCCAGGUUGGUGCUUUUGACAAGAGUAAAGCAACAGUUGGUAGGGGUUAUAGCCUUCCAUCUGGUUCAGUUUCUCCGACAACCCCACUGAGCAAAGUUCCUGAUAGUUACUGGGAAGAGAAGUGGAGAGUGUUGCAUAAGGCAGAAGAAGCUCAGCAAGGAAGUCUGAAGAAACAAGUUUCAUCUGGCAAAAAGGGAUUUUCAGAUAGAUUCAGAUUAAGCCUGGUUAGAGCAGAAUCAGACCCAUCACCAGCAAAGAUGGAGAGUGAGAAAAAACGCUCGGGAUCCUCUGUUAAACGAAGUUUAUUAGAGGAUCUUUCCCGAGAGCUUGGCUCAGAUGAAGAUUUGGGGAAGGUGGGGAACAGUGGUGCUUCUGGUCAGAGGGAUCCUCUCUCUGUUGAAGUUGAGGUGGAAGAAAGGAUUUUUCAUGAUGACCCAACUCAACAAAGAAGUGCUGAGAAGGACUUCACUUGUGCGAAGACAUGUUCCAGUGGACAUACUGGUAGUGAAGAAAACUCCACUAUUUUUUCUGCUUCCACAAGUCCUCGUAGUAGAGCUGUUGACCAUGAGAUUGAAUCAGAGAAAAGUAGUGUGGGUUCAAAUUUAUCUGUUGAUGACAAUGAUGAUGAACUCAACAAUCCAGAGCAAGCAGGUAUUGCUUCAGAUCUACCCUGUCCAGAAAAGCAGGUGACAAUUGUGAAGGAGCGCAAGCUGUCCAGUAAGUUUCAGUGGUUGUGGAAGUUGGGACGGGGUACUGGUGAAGGCACUUCUGUGAUAGGGGGUGCUAUGGAGGGAUCAAAAUCCACAAAUGGAGGAAAUAGUCUGGACAACAUCUCAGUCUCAUUGGCAACUGAUAGAUGUGGUGAUUCAUCUGGAAUUAGUGGCUCAGGUGAUGUUGUAGACAAUAAUAUGAUUGCCACGAUGAGAAAUCUUGGAAAUUCUAUGCUAGAAAAUAUUCAGGUGAUUGAAUCAGUUUUCCAGCAAGAUAGGACUCAGAUGGCGUCAUUGGAGAACUUCUCCAAAAGCAUUCUUGUAGGAAAAGGGCAAGUUACAGCUAUGGCGGCUCUCAAGGAGCUUCGGAAAAUAAGCAACCUUUUAUCUGAGAUGUAAGGUCAGCGUUGUUUCACCUGUAUAUACAUUUUGUAACUACCAUUCAUGGUCCAAAAUAAAAUUGUGUUUUUGUGCAUUCGGCUUUC